UAUAGGAAAGCAAUCUCCAGGUCUGGGCUUCAACAUCUGACUCCUGUUCAAAACCUCAACCUGGGCAUCAGUAAUGGACCUGUGAAGGAGCCGAGAAUGGCACUAGAAUGGAGUGAAAAUGCAAUAAAUGGUGAACAUCUCUGGCUGGAGACCAAUGUAUCUGGAGAUCUGUGUUACCUGGGAGAGGAAGGCUGCCAAGUUAAAUUCUCAAAAUCAGCUGUCCGAAGAAAAUGCGCUGCCUGCAAGAUUGUGGUCCACAACGCCUGCAUGGAGCAACUGGAAAAGAUUAACUUCCGGUGCAAGCCAACUUUUCGAGAAGGCAGUUCCAGAUCUCCAAGAGAGAAUUUCGUUCGACAUCACUGGGUUCACAGAAGGCGACAGGAAGGGAAAUGUAAACAAUGUGGAAAGGGAUUUCAACAAAAAUUCUCCUUUCAUAGUAAAGAGAUUGUAGCUAUCAGCUGUUCAUGGUGCAAGCAAGCGUUUCACAAUAAAGUCACCUGUUUCCUGCUACAACACAUUGAGGAGCCUUGUUCCCUAGGAGCUCAUGCUGCUGUUAUUGUCCCCCCCACCUGGAUCAUUAAGGUGAAGAAGCCUCAGAAUUCACUGAAAAAUUCAACCAGGCGGAAGAAAAGAACCUCUUUUAAAAGGAAAGUCAGUAAAAGAGGAAAUGAGGAGAACAAAGGGCGACCAUUUAUGAUUAAACCUAUCUCUUCCCCUCUCAUGAAACCCUUGCUUGUAUUUGUGAAUCCAAAAAGUGGAGGGAAUCAGGGUACUAAAGUGCUUCAAAUGUUUAUGUGGUACUUGAAUCCACGUCAGGUUUUUGACCUAUCUCAGGAAGGACCAAGAGAUGCGCUUGAAUUGUACAGAAAAAUGCCAAAUCUGCGAAUCCUGGCUUGUGGUGGCGAUGGAACAGUUGGCUGGAUCCUCUCCAUUCUGGAUGAGUUACAGCUGAAUCCCCAGCCUCCUGUAGCUGUACUUCCACUUGGCACUGGGAAUGAUCUUGCUCGCACUCUCAACUGGGGAGGGGGAUAUACUGAUGAACCUGUUGCGAAAAUUCUCUGUCAUGUAGAAGAUGGGGCAAUUGUUCAAUUAGAUCGUUGGAAUCUUCAAGUGGAGAGAAACCCUGAUUUUUCCCCAGAUGAAGUUGAAGAUGGAACACAUAAGCUCCCCCUCAACGUUUUCAAUAAUUACUUCAGCCUCGGAUUUGAUGCCCAUGUCACGCUGGAAUUCCAUGAAUCUCGAGAGGCAAAUCCUGAAAAAUUCAACAGUCGGUUUCGUAAUAAAAUGUUUUAUGCCGGGGCAGCUUUUUCAGAUUUCCUCCAGAGAAGCUCUAGAGAUUUAUCCAAACAUGUGAAAGUUGUGUGUGAUGGGACUGACUUGACUUCCAAGAUUCAAGAACUGAAAUUUCAAUGUAUAGUAUUUUUAAACAUACCCAGGUAUUGUGCUGGCACAAUGCCCUGGGGUAAUCCAGGAGACCAUAGAGAAUUCGAACCUCAGAGACAUGAUGAUGGUUACAUUGAGGUCAUUGGAUUCACCAUGGCAUCCUUGGCUGCUCUUCAAGUGGGAGGUCAUGGAGAGAGGUUACAUCAGUGUCGGGAAGUGACUCUAUUAACAUAUAAGUCCAUCCCCAUGCAAGUGGAUGGUGAACCAUGUCGGCUGGCUCCAUCGCUCAUCCGAAUCUCCCUUAGGAAUCAGGCCAAUAUGGUGCAGAAAAGCAAGAGAAGAACAUCCAUGCCUUUGCUCAAUGACAUCCAAAAAGUGCCAUCUGCUGACCUGAGGAGAGUUUCAGCUCCCCCUGAUUCUUUUACCAUCCCCCACGCCAUUCCGGAUCGUCUGAGAAUCAGAGUGAAUAGGAUUAGCUUGCAAGAUUACGAGGGACUGCAUUAUGACAAGGAAAAACUCCGGGAAGUUUCUAUUCCACUGGGAAUUAUAGUUGUCCGAGGAGAUUGUGACUUGGAGACUUGUCGCAUCUAUGUGGAUCGCUUAGAGGAGGAUUUGCAGUCUGUAUCUUCAACAACACAGAGAGUCCACUACCAGGACCAGGAAAGCUCAAUCCCAAGAGUAUUGUCUGUUCAGAGACUAUCUCCUAGAUGGUGCUUCCUAGAUGCAACUUCUGCUGACCGCUUUUACCGCAUCGACAGAUCUCAGGAACAUUUGCACUUUGUGACAGAAAUAUCACAGGAUGAGAUUUUUAUCCUGGAUCCAGAAUUGGGGGCAGCUCAACCAGCAGGAACACCUCCAGGAAUGCCUGACCUGGUGGUAGAGCAGGCUUCUGGAAUGUCUGAUCGGUGGAAUCCUGCUAUUCGAAAGCGCAUGUUGAGUGACAGCAGUUUGGGGAAGAUGUCUCCUCAUUAUGAAGUACCUGAGAAACAAAAGGAGGCCAGCCACGCUCACCUGCUACAGUCUCCUGUUUCUUCAGAAGAUCAAGCACUUUUACAGUCAGUAAUAGCUGGUGAUUUUCUAAGAUUUGUAGAAUGCUGUAAAAAAGGAGCUAAUUUAUUAAUCCGGGGACCUGACCAUUGUUCCUUGCUUCAUCAUGCAGCAAAGACUGGGCAUGGUGAGAUUGUAAAAUACAUUAUAGAACACGGUCCUUCUGAGUUACUGGAUAUGACAGAUAGCGAAACGGGUGAGACAGCAUUGCACAAGGCAGCUUACCAACGCCACCGUGGCAUCUGUCAGUUGCUGGUAGAGGCAGGGGCAUCGUUGAGGCAAAUGGAUUCCAAGGAUAAGACACCUCGAGACAGGGCCCAGCAGGCUGGGGAUCCAGAUUUAGCCUCCUACUUGGAGAGUCAUCAGAAUCAUCCAGUAGUGCCCCAUGAGGAUCUAGAGACUGCCGUGUGA